AUGAGGCUCUUGCUUCCAUUUUCCUCGCCGUUAUCCGCCACGUCACCGACGCACUCGUUACCGGAACAUCCACAUCCGUCUCAGUUCGACUACUCUGUUCUUACUAAAAUCAUCAAAAAGUCGGUAAUCGGAACCCUCACCGGAGCUCUCUCGCUCACUCUCGUAUUCUCGUCGCCGAUUACAUCCGUUUCCGCUGCCAUCGAUCCUUAUCUAUCUCUGAAUCCGCCUUCUUCAUCGCCUGAUUCUUCUCUGAAUCACUUCGAUUCGUCUCCGGAAGAUUGCCCUGACGAGGAAGAAGCUGAUACUGAGACGCUAGAUGAUGACGUCAGGCCUCAGUUAGUAACUAAUGAAGGCAUUGUUGAAGAAGCUUGGGAGAUUGUUAAUGACGCCUUCCUCGACACUCGAGGCCAUAGCUGGACUCCUGAAACUUGGCAGAAACAGAAGGAAGUGUUAUUGGCUAGUCCAAUUAAGAGUAGAUCAAAGGCUCAUGAAGUGAUUAAGAAAAUGUUAGGCAGCUUGGGUGACCAAUACACUCGAUUCCUCUCACCAGAAGAGUUCUCUAGGAUGUCCAAGUAUGACAUCACUGGUAUUGGGAUAAACCUUAGAGAAGUUUCUGAUGGUGGUGGAAAUGUAAAGUUGAAGGUUCUUGGUCUUGUAUUGGACGGUCCUGCUGACAUUGCUGGCGUGAAACAGGGAGAUGAAAUUCUUGCUGUCAAUGGAAUGGAUGUUGUUGGGAAAUCAUCAUUUGAAGUAUCAUCUUUGUUACAAGGGCCAAGUAAAACUUUUGUGGUUCUCAAGGUGAAGCAUGGAAAAUGUGGACCUGCUAAGACAGUUAAAAUCCAGAGACAGGUUAACGCAACGACGCCAGUCUCUUAUCGGCUGGAAAAAGUUGACAAUGGAAAAAUCUCUGUGGGAUACAUCCGCCUAAAAGAGUUCAAUGCCUUGGCUAGAAAAGAUUUGGUGAUUGCAAUGAAACGACUCCAAGAAAAGGGUGCGUCUUAUUUCGUAAUGGAUCUUAGAGAUAACCUUGGAGGACUUGUGCAGGCUGGAAUAGAAACUGCUAAGCUGUUCCUAGAUGAAGGAGAUACGGUGAUUUACACAGCCGGGAGAGACAUGGAGGCUCAAAAGACUGUUGUUGCAGAUAGAAAACCGUUGAUCACUGCCCCUCUUAUUGUAAUGGUUAAUAACAGAACAGCAAGUGCUAGUGAAAUUGUGGCCUCUGCACUUCAUGAUAACUGUAAAGCAGUUCUUGUUGGUGAAAGAACUUACGGAAAGGGUUUGAUUCAGUCUGUGUUCGAACUCCGAGAUGGUUCAGGAGUUGUUGUGACAAUAGGAAAGUAUGUCACGCCUAAUCAUAUGGACAUCAAUGGUGGUGGAAUUGAACCUGAUUUCAGAAAUUUACCAGGUUGGGAUGAAGUGAAAGAACAUUUGUCUAAGUGCAACAUUCUCCAACAAAGCUGA